AUGGUGCAACAUUGUUUGGGGGGAUUAUCGAUACCUCAGCAUUCUUUUAUUGCUUGGUUUGCUACUCUAGAUCGUUCUCUAACAAGGCCUCGGAUGGCUCUUUGGGGAGGUAUUUUGGACCUUUCAUGUGUUCUUUGUGAGGGGAUUGAUGAAACCAAAGAUCAGUUAUUUGCUGAGUGUGUUUUUUCGAAGGAUGUUUGGGGUUUGGUUAUGCAGGGUUGUCAUGUGAGAAGUUGUGGUCCUGGUUGGAGGGAUAUAGUGGUUUGGGUUCAGGAUCAUGGCAAGGGAAAAACUCUUCGGGCAACUGUGCUUCGUUUGGCCUGGUGUAGCUAUCUUUACUUUGUUUGGCAAAAGCGAAAUGCUAGAUCUCAUGGAGCUCCCCCGUGGUUAGCUGACGGCAUUGAAUAA